UUGGAGCGCCUGAGGAGAGAGAGCUGGGACUUGCCUGGGCCGUUAGACCUGGAAGAGCGCUGGGAGAGCGGGCGUGACCCUUCGGGGCCGCGGGCCGGCCCCGCUUCCCUCUCCCCCAGGCAGAGAUCUGUGGCUACAAACCAACAUGGUUGGUAGUCCUGUGGGCAUGAAACUCUAAUGCCCCCACCCCCACCUUGGAGGGACUGAGCACUCACAAAAGGGAAUGUUACGGUGGACAGUGCAUUUAGAAGGUGGGCCCAGGAGAGUAAACCACGCUGCUGUGGCUGUUGGACACAAAGUCUACUCUUUUGGCGGCUACUGUUCUGGUGAAGACUAUGAGACUCUGCGACAGAUUGAUGUUCAUGUAUUUAAUGCAGUCUCUCUGCGCUGGACCAAGCUGCCACCAGUGUGGACAAACAGCAGGGACCAUGUGAGGGAAGUUCCCUACAUGAGAUAUGGACACUCUGCAGUGCUCAUUGAUGACACCAUCUACAUCUGGGGAGGCCGCAAUGACACCGAGGGAGCCUGCAAUGUACUAUAUGCCUUUGACGUCAGCACGCACAAAUGGUUCACCCCCAAAGUUUCCGGAAUGGUUCCGGGAGCAAGGGAUGGACAUUCAGCUUGUGUCUUGGGAAAGAGCAUGUAUAUCUUUGGCGGAUAUGAGCAACUGGCUGAUUGUUUUUCAAAUGACAUCCACAAAUUGGAUAGCAGUAACAUGAUGUGGAGCCUGAUCUGUACGAAGGGCACGCCAGCUCGUUGGAGAGACUUCCAUUCAGCCACGAUAAUCGGGACAAAGAUGUAUGUGUUUGGGGGAAGAGCAGAUCGCUUUGGGCCAUUCCACUCCAACAAUGAGAUUUACUGUAACCGAAUCAAAGUAUUUGACACAGACACCAACUCUUGGCUGGACUCUCCUCCCACUCCCCUCCUCCCUGAAGGCCGAAGGAGCCACUCAGCAUUUGGCUACAAUGGGGAGCUGUAUAUAUUUGGUGGCUACAAUGCACGUCUGAACAGACACUUCCACGAUCUUUGGAAAUUUGAUCCAGUUUCUUUUACCUGGAAGAAAAUCGAUCCCAAAGGGAAAGGGCCAUGUCCUCGCCGCAGGCAGUGCUGUUGUAGAGUAGGGGACAAGAUCAUCCUCUUUGGAGGCACCAGUCCAUCUCCAGAGGAAGGCAUGGGAGAUGAAUUUGACCUGAUGGAUCACUCGGACCUGUACAUCUUAGACUUCAGUCCCAGCUUAAAAACACUGUGUAAACUGGCAGUAAUCCAGUACAACCUGGACCAGAGCUGCCUCCCUCAUGACAUCAGAUGGGAGCUUGCAGCAAUGACAACAAACAGCAACAUCAGCCGACCAAUCUUCUCCUCCCAUGGAUAAUCUGGCCUCCUGCUCCCCCUCCCAGCUGCCUGUGAGCCCCUUCCUUGCAGACGUCAUCUACCGUCUCCCUCACUGUGCAUGAAUGUUUAGCCUGUCCAGGAAAGGGGCAUUCUUCACCAGCGCUAGGAGGGCCCGACUUCCCCUUCCUGUUGCCACACCCGUCCCAGCUAUAACUUUGGCAAGACCUUGGCCCAAAGGCAGCAUGCACGCAGAAUUGGACGGCGCGCGUGCGCUACAGAGAAGGAAGGCGGGUGUGUUUUUGCGCUCAAUGCUGGAAGCUGCAGUUUACGUCCAUCUAUCGCUGUAGUACAACUUGAAUUAAUAGGAACAAAAGAAACACAAAUCUCAGGACUAACCGGUGUAAGACCAGCAUGUGCUUCACAUAAUAUAUACGAUCAAAGGCAAACAAAGCAAGGACUUGUCAAGGCUCAGCUUCUCUACGUCCCCCGCCGUUUUGAGUGCCUAGCCCUCACCAUUAACCCAAGGGCUAAACUGGGUGCCCUGUCUUAAGCCAUUUUCUCUGCUCAGCUGUGAGCGCAGAAAAGCAUGCCUGGUCUUUACACAUUUUAGAGCAUCUGGGUUUGCCCUCCCCGGUGGGCAUCGAGAGGAACUCCGUAUAUGAUAUUCAAGCACUCGUUGCCUUUACAGUAGUGCAGACUUCUGUGAGGUCAGAGUCUCUACUGGAAGGGGGUGAUGACUCUCCCUGGCUAGGCAAGGAGCGGCCAUCCAACGUCUUGUAAGACUGAGUAGAACAGAAACUUUUCCUGUUGCAGGAAGGCUCAACGCAAGAUCCAAAAUCCUUCUGCCCAGUUUGAUGUACAAGCAGCAGUUCUGAAUUUAUAAAUACUGGGGUGGGGUAAAGCCAAACUGGUAAACUUGUGCGUCAGUGCUUUGUGUGGUUGGAGGGCAUGUGGUGGACCCAUACAAGGGGUCGGGGGUGCAGGGGGUGGAAACCACUGAUUGAGGCUGAAAUUGGAGAACUGGUGUAGUUGAGUGGCUAAGGGCCUGAGCUAGGAAGUCGCCAAUUCACAACUUGCCCUGCCCAUGGACCCGGUAGGUAGCCUUAGGCAAGCCGCUCUUUCAGCUUCACACACAUACACCCCCCACUCUGAAAUAUAGGAGUACUACUUUCCUGCUUCACAGGGAUGUUGUAAGGAUUACAAGAUAAAACAAGUGUUUUGCAUAUUCAGACGUGCUAUAUAAAUGCUGCGUAUUAUUUAUUAAA